AUGUAUUGGACGGAUGAUCGGCUUGCUUGGGACCCGGAAGAAUACGGCGAAACGACGUGCACGAUAAAGAUCGCUACCUUCCCAUUCGACAACCAAGUCUGCGAGAUGUCGUUUAUGACUUGGGUUUAUGAAUUAUUGGCCCUGUCGAUCAUCCACCCGGAAGGUAUCCGGACGGUAUGCGUGAAAAGCAGUGGCCAUGUGACUUGGCCGGCUCAGUAUUACGCGGAAAAUAAUUGUAGAGUAAAGGUCGGAACCUUUCCGUUCGACACUCAACUUGGUAUCGGGCUAACCAGCCUCGUCUCGAUGACCGUCCUCUUGGAUAUGCUUUCCGAUGCAAUACCGAAAACUGUUGAUUUUCCGAUAUUAGGAAUCUACGUCGUCCUCUGCGUGGGCGUAACCUCAUUUGCAUGCGUCAUCGUCGUCGUAUUCCCGCUCGACAACUUCCACCGCAAGACAAAUUUGGAAAUUAAGAAAUCGGUGGAGGCGGAUAAAAAAUUGGGAUUGUGCUAUUACGAGCAGCUCCAUUUGAGCGGUUUCGUUAGUAUGAAGCUCGUCCACGUUCUAUUCCUCAGCUCCAUGGUCCUCGGAGCCGUCUCCUACACUACAUUGGAUCCAUUCAACUCCACAGGUAGCGGCCCGCCAGCCUUUCCCAAGCCUGUACCCCCAACGACGUCUGAGGAGCCAAAAAUUGAAGCGAUCACGACGGUUGCGACCACCACUGCGCUGCAUCCACUCAGACCUCCACCGUGGCCACCGUAUCUAGCACUACAUCCGCAACUGCGUCCCCUUCCUCCACUGCACCAGCUGUUUCCGAGAGCGAUGCUUCGGUUA